UACUCAGCAAGAGGGUGGGGUUCCUCGAGGCACUGACUCUACUUCCCUCCAAUCAGACCCCUGCUGGGGCGGGGACUGGCUUAGAUUGACAGGGAAGGCUUAGGAACACUUUUAAGAGUUGGAGCUGGCACGACAGGGGCGGGGCCUCUAGGGACUUGCUAGUUUGGGGCGGGAACUGACUGUGACAGACAGAAGAGUGGGCGGGGCCUCCCCUUAGGCUCUUUAGAAGUCACCUAAAAUUUUUAGGGAAGAGUGGGGUUUGUGUGUGUGAUACUGGUGAAGGUCCCAGGCAUGCAUGAUUAUUCUGGGAACCCCUGUGAACUCUAAAAGGGGUAUAGUUUAAAGAAAACAUCGAUGCGGAAAGGGCACGGCUAGAAGAAAAUUCCCUUGGGAUUGAAAUUUUUAUGAAGAUGAAUAAGAUGAGGUCCUCCACCAUCGCUUUGGUGCCUGUCUUCACCCAGCUGAACAAUCUUCCACGCUGCCUCCCAGUUGUUGGUGCAGCCUCCAUUGCUGUCGCUGCCCUGCGCCUGUGCCUCAGCCAUGUCACUCCUGGCGACCCUAGGACUGGAGCUGGACAGGGCCCUGCUCCCAGCUAGCGGGCUGGGCUGGCUUGUAGACUAUGGGAAACUCCCCCUGGCCCCUGCCCCCCUGGGCCCCUAUGAGGUCCUUGGGGGUGCCCUGGAGGGCGGGCUUCCAGGGGGGGGAGAGCCCCUGGCAGGUGACGGCUUCUCUGAUUGGAUGACCGAGCGGGUGGACUUCACAGCUCUCCUUCCUCUGGAGGCCCCUCUGCCCCCAGGCACUCUCCCCCCACCCUCCCCAGCCCCUCCUGACCUGGAAGCCAUGGCAUCCCUACUUAAGAAAGAGCUAGAACAGAUGGAAGACUUCUUCCUUGAUGCCCCACUCCUCCCACCACCCUCUCCACCCCCACCCCCACCCCCAGCACCCUCUCUGCCCCUGCCCUUGCCCUUGCCCACCUUUGACCUCCCUCAGCCUCCUACCCUGGAUACCCUAGACCUGCUGGCUGUUUACUGCCGCAGUGAGGCUGGGCCAGGGGAUUCUGGCUUGUCAGCCCUGCCUGUCCCCCAGCAGCCUCCUCCUCUGGCCCCUCUGCCUUCACCCUCCCGCCCAGCCCCCUAUCCUAGUCCUGCCAGCACCCGAGGGGACCGCAAGCAAAAGAAGAGAGACCAGAAUAAGUCAGCUGCUCUCAGGUACCGCCAGAGGAAGCGGGCAGAGGGCGAGGCCCUGGAGGGCGAGUGCCAGGGCCUGGAGGCACGGAACCGGGAGCUGAGGGAGAGGGCUGAGUCAGUGGAGCGGGAGAUCCAGUAUGUGAAGGACCUGCUAAUUGAGGUGUACAAGGCCCGAAGCCAGAGGACCCGCAGCACCUAGGGUCCAGGUCCAGGCUGGAGGAGGGGGUCUGUUGUAGCUCUGCCUCCGUCGUCACACUGUGUCUCCAUGUCACUUUCCUGUCCCAUCCAUGUCUAGGUUUCCCCUCUGUCUAUGGGUUUUCCCAUAACCAUUAUGGGUUAUUUGGCAUAGUCAUUUUCUGUACCCCUUCAGUGCAACUGAGAAACCAAAGCCCUCAGGGAACUGGAGGAGCCAGCCUGAUCCCUGGUCUCUGGAGUCUUAAAACAAGUGUGUUUUUGCAGGUAGUCCUAGUUGGGGGGAGGGGGGAGCUGCCAGGCCUGGUCUGGACAUAAGGCAGGAAGCCACUCUGGGUGAUUGGGCAGAUGAGAACCUAGUCAGGGAGGGAGGGUUUUAAGGAGGGAACUUGAAACACAAGUGAGAAGCCAGCCAAGGAAAGGGAGCCAAGUCCUCAUAAUAGAAGGAUAUAUUGGCCGAGGGACAGGAAGGGGUGCUGUAGUUGGUAACUAGGGGGUCAUUUUAGCUCUGUGAAAGAAUCAGUGUUUUGUGAAGGUGUGGGGGAAGGGUUGCAUCUAGUGGAGGCUGAUCCUCCAGGAGUUAUGGACACAAAUAAAAUGCAGAUUUUCCUGUG